AUGGUGGCCAGCACCAGCGCCUGUAUCCUCUCGUCGCCCGCCCUCCCGCGAGCCUUUGCCACGUCGGCUCCCUCUCGCCUUGCCUCGGUCGCCGGAAGCAAAUCGAGCGGCUCUUCGCUCGGUCCCUGGGCUGAGCCUCUGUCGGCCCCUCGCCUCAACCGCUACCUCGUCGUCGCCGAAGACUACCCCGACGCCAGCGCCAACGCCCGAAGGCUCGAGGUGCGCGAGAGGCACCUCGAGCACGCGCAGAAGGGCAAGCAGGCCGGAAGGAUCGAGCUCGGCGGCGCACUGCUCAAGCGCGACUUCCAUGAGCUCGACGAGGAGCUUGGACCAGGCGUUUACAUGGGCGGCAGCGUGCUCGUCGUGCUUGGCGAGAGCAUCGCCGACGUGCGAGCCCGUGUCAUGGAGGACGAGUAUGUCAAGGCACAGGUGUGGGACGCCUCGAGGCUCAAGAUCUUCCCCUUCCUCCAGGCGCCCCUGCGGACCCCGGCUCCCGAGGCGUCCGAGGCGGUUGCUGAGCAGGACCAGCCCGAGAACCGCAACGUGAGCCUGGGACAGCUGAGGCAGGACAUGGCGUCUGGCAAGGGCCACACGAUGGUGACGCUCGGUGCGCUGAGGAAGAUGCACAAGAGGGCCGGCCCGGUGACCAACUGA